ACUCAUAACCUAUUAUUCAACAGUAUUGGUCUGCAGAACAGAAAACAAAAUGGGUGGAUCAAAUGAUAUUGCUAACAAAUAUGGAUGUUCUGAGAGUGGUGGUGUCAAAGUUAUGGGAAUUCAAGGUAGAAUGGGAAGAGAAAGAGAGCGUAUGUUAGGUAUGACAGAAGCAGAACGUGCUUGGCGUGCUAAAUGGGUAAAAGAUCAGAUUUUACACAAUGAACCUAUAAUACCACAAAAUUAUUACAAAGAACGAUACAAUCCAAUCAGAAGAUUUUAUAGAACACCUUUAAAUAAACUAGAGGCAGCAUUGGUUCCAAUUGCUGGAUUUCAAACAGCUCAAUUUACAAGACACUGUAUUGCAAAAAUGGGAAUGUUAAUAUUGGGUAUAUAUUGCGCACACUAUUAUAUGAAAUAUAACAGAGGUAAUUGGACCAGUAAAAAAGGAUGGAAACUUACUUCAUCUUCAAUAGCAUUAUAUCCUGGUGAUCCUGAUUUUCCAAAUAUGAAAGAAAAAAAACCUCAAGACUAUGCUACAUUUGGAUUUGAAAAUUCACCUAUUUAAAUGUUGCUAAUAAAAUUGUACACAAUAGAAUAGUUAGAUUUUCAAUUAAUAAAUUAUAUAUAAUAAUUA